AUGGCCAGUUCUUCCAGUAAAAGGACCAUAGUCAUUGCGGUGGACUUUGGCACCACCUACUCUGGGAUAGCCUGGGCUCAAAUGAGUAACCCUGAUAAUCACCACAUAAUCACGGAAUGGCCGCAAUAUGGCUCUGACUCAUGUGGUGGAUUGACCAGCGAAAAAGUACCCAGCGAAGUCAGGUAUGAUUAUCCUCAGCACGGGAAGAAGAAAUGUCUAUGGGGCUUUCAAAUCCUGGAUGAAACGCCACGGAUUCAGUGGUUCAAACUCGAACUUGUUCCUGAUCUUGAUCUUGGGGAAGGAUCAAGACCGUCUUCGACACACAGUGAUUGCCGCCGAAUGCCUAUUCCCUGCUUUUCAUCACCUGAGAAGGUCGUUACAGACUACCUUCGUUCCCUACGUAAACAUGCAGUUAAAAUUUUGAAAUUGAGACUUGGUAGCUCAGUGGACAGUACAAACCUCGAAUUUGUUAUCACAGUCCCAGCAAUGUGGCCAGAUAAAGCGAAAAUGUCAACGCUCUCGUGCGCAGAAAAAGCGGGCUUUGGAGACAUGUCUACGAUACACAUUAUAUCUGAGCCUGAAGCUGCCGCCAUACAUUCGCUACGUGCUCCUGGACACCCUUUGGCGGAUAUUGGAGAUACGUUUGUCCUCUGUGAUGCGGGUGGCGGCACAGUAGAUCUUAUUACGUUCAUGAUUACUGGGCUUGAACCCUAUCUGCGUCUAAGAGAAGAAGCUCCGGGUACUGGAUCCAUGUGUGGCAGCACGUUUCUCAAUAGGAGCUUCGAAAAGUUGCUGGACGAUCGCUUUUCCCAGCUCCCGGGAUGGGGCAGGGACACGCUAGACGAGGCAAUGCAGCGUUUUGAAAGUGUCGUGAAAAGAACAUUCGAGGGAAGCACUGAUCACGACUUUAUGUUUCCUGUGCCAGGUAUAGCAGACGACCCGGAACUCGGGGUCCGUCGCGGCCGAAUUCGCGUUACUGGAAAAGAGAUGCAAAAACUAUUCUUACCUACUAUACGAGAUAUUGAGAAACUUGUCCGUGAGCAAAUCCAGACUUCUCGUGCAGAGGUGAAAGCAGUUUUGUUGGUUGGAGGGUUUGGACAGAGUCCAUACCUUCGCAAACAUCUUCGUGACUGCUUCUCUCCAGGCGUGCAAGUGAUAGCACCAGUCGACGGCUGGACUGCUGUCGUUAGGGGCGCGUUGGCAAAGACUCUUGGGGAUAUUUCCGACACAACGGCAAAGACUUUCAUAGAAUCCCGCAAGGCCAGGGAAAAUUAUGGGACAACGUACCAGACCGAAUUCAUUCAUGGGGUGCAUGAUGAGAAGAAGAAAUACUGGAGUUACUUUUAUGGUGAGUAUUAUAUUGAUGUUAUGAGAUGGUUUGUUCGCAAGGGGGAUGACAUGGAAGAAGCGAAGGCCAUCAAAACAACAUGGAUCAAACGUAGACGGGUCAAAGAUGGCGCUUUCGACUCAAUUAGGGUCAGCCUAUACAAAGUGAAUACUGCUAUAGGUGAAAAGCCACCUUUGUAUUUCAAUCGCCGCGUGAAGCAACAUGCCACAUUGAACCCAAGUCUCGGUGUCAUUGAAAAGGAACGCAUCCCAAUUGAACGCGGUGCAGACAAUGAGCUAUACUACGUCGUCCAAUACGAAAUCCACGCGGUGUAUUAUUCCGCUCACUGUGUCUACACACUCUGGUAUGAAGGUCGCAACUAUGGAAGCGUCAAAGUGGACUACGUCUAA